CCAACGACCAGCGAGUUACACGACGACAGAGUGACCUCCCUCAAACCCGUUACUUCCGGACGUCAGCGCCCGGUAUUUUCAAACAUGCUAGACUUUCAUCUGCUGAUGUUUUGAUUACAGUCCUGUGAAUGUCUUAAGCUGUAGAGUUUUAGGAUCACUACAGAUAUGGAUGUGAUCGAAGACAUUGAGAUAGUUUUUAUGCUUGUGCGAGACCAUCUCAGAACAGUCCUUCUGCAUCUGCAAAGAGGAUGGCAAGUAAACCAGAGGAUCAAAAGCAAGACUUUUAUUCGCAGACUUUGUAAUUUUCUUCCCCAAAUGAGAGCUAAACGCCUCCAUAUUCAGGGAAAUUUACUAGGAAAUGCCCGACUCACCAGCACACGCUUUGGUAGUCUCGACAACAGCAUGGAGUCCCUGAUCAGCACAUUUUCUUUAGAUGAUGGUAUAUGGGUUGACGAGGAUUUGGAGCAUAAUAUUAUUAGGGCUGGUAGAAACAAGUAUGUGAUGCAGGAUGACUGCACAACAGCAAGCACUUCUGCAGCUUACAAUGCUACAGAGUGUGCAGAUGACCAUGAUGAUGCCUGCUUCUCUUUUGACAAUAAUGCAGACCGUACAUCCACCCCACUCCACUUUUUGUCAGGCAUAUCAGGGGUCUCUUCAAGUCUACAGUCAACUGCUGACCCAGUGACACUUAAAAAGAUAUCUGAUAUGGAGGAGGAGCUGGCCUUAUUACGGCAACAGAUUGCUGCCCUUGUUGUGGCACAGGAGGAGGCAGCCAGGGCUGAGAUAGUUGAAGAAUGUACAGGUCCUUCCAUGUGCCCUCCACCACCACCACCACCACCACCACCUCCUCCUCCUCCACCACCACCACACCACCACCACCACCACCUAUGAUGCUACCAUCUUUAAAACAGACUAAACCUGUAGUUGGGGGUUCUUUGUCUGAAAUUCUCAAACAGGUAUCACUUACGACACCAUCUUCUGACAGUAACAGUAACAAUAACAACUCUAAGAAAGGGUCUCUUGACAUGACAACUGUGCUGAAGGACCUGGGAAAGGUCAAACUGAAACCAGUGGAAAGAUCACCAGGGGGAACACCUGUAAAUAAAAAUCCAAAGCCAUCUGCAACAGAUCCAGCUUCUAUUAUUGCUGAAGCACUGAAGCGAAAGUUUCGGAAUCAUGUACAGCAUAGUCCAGAUGUUGACAAGGAAAACGAGAAUCAUGACUUUGAUUCUUCUGAUAAUAGUCCUAAAUUCAAGUUUGGACAGCAUGUUCUGCGGAAGACACAGCGUCGUCUUUCUCUUAUCCAAGAAACAACACAGCUGGCAACUUCACCUGGGACUUGCUCACCUGUGAGUUCGCCUUUGAAAAUACUCAACUGUUUGGCCCCAGAUGAGAUCAGCAAAUACAGUGGACAAGGACAACAUGUUCUGGAUUGAGAGAGUGAACAGUUGCUACAAAUUACUGUGGAGAAAUGUCUGAAAGACACUUUAAAACAAUGUGUUUAGUAUUGGAAAAAGGCAAAGGAGUUAGAUUUUUUAGAAACAAAAGAAAAAAAAAAAGACUGGCUGACUUUAAAUGGCUGUUUUUAUCUUUUGCACAUGUACAUACAUCUGUCCCACCAUAUGUGUAUGUGCAUAGACACACACACACAAAUUUAUAUAUAUGGGAUUUUAGUAUUCUUAAUUAGACUUGGUUGUCAGUUCAGAUAAAUUGCAUGCAGCACAUUGUUUUGGAAGCAAACUGAAUUUUCUUGACAUCAUUUAUGCUCUAACGCACUCAGCUUUUGUAAACUUAGUGUAAGUUAUUACAUUAAAAAGAAAGUGAAAUAAAGGUUUUGCAAUAUA